AUGUCCAAGUUUGUCCUCACUUCCAAAGACGGGGACAAGUUCGAAGUGGACGGCGACGUCCUGCGUCCCUCCAAAAUGCUGCACACAAUGAUCACGGACCUCGGUUUAAGCGGCGGAGGCGAAGAAAUUCCCCUCGAAAAUGUGCAAAGUCACAUCCUGAAGAAGGUGCUGGAAUGGUGCGAGCAGCACAAGGAGGAUUUUUCGACAGACUCGGAGGAAGCUUCGACUUCCGAGCCUUCGAAAAAGCAACGAAAAACGGAUCCGAGCGAGUGGGACACAGCUUUUUUGGAGGUGGACGCCGCAACUUUGUUCGACAUUAUUGCUGCCGCCAACUACUUGGACAUUGAGCCGUUGCUGGAGUUGGGAUGCAAGCAAGUUGCGAACACGCUACGCGGCAAAACAGCCGAACAAAUCCGCGCCAUGUGGGGAAUCAACGAGACCUUCGGGCCGAAGGAGGAAAAACAAUGCCGCAUCGAAAUGGGCUUCACCGACGAGGAAGACGAAGGUGUUGAAUGA